AUGUUAGUCACCGAAAAUACACAUAUUGAUAGUCAUAUUCAUGACGUUCUCAUCGUCGGCGGAGGCCCUUGCGGUCUUGCUGUAGCUGCACGUCUCUGUGAAAGCACCCCUUCAUCACUCUUUACCGACUCGGAACACCAACGUUAUCACUGGAUGAAAGCAUCUUCAGCUCGUCAAACUUCCAAGCCUUUCAAGACAAGCCGACGUUCUCAUACAGCAAGCGAUCGAUUGGUGCAAGGUGCGUCAUGCUGUAAUGGUCUUGAUAUCGCUGUGCUAGAUGCGCAUGGCGGCGAAUGGAUGAGUGCUUGGAAUGAGAGAUUCAAGAAGUUGGAGAUUAGUCAUUUGAGAAGUCCCAUGUUCUUUCACCCGGAUCCGAGAGAUAGAGAUGGGUUGAGGGGAUAUGCGUGGAAGGAGGGGAGGGACGAUGAACUUAAGGAGAUUCAUGGCGUUAUUGGAAAGGAGUUGAGUAAGCAUCAAAGAAAGCAGAAGAUGAAGAAAAAUGGUAGAAGCAAACAGGAAACCACAUAUCUCGAUGAACGAGACCGACCUGAUUAUUUCAGACCAAGCACCGCCUUAUUCAAGAGCUUCUGCGAGGACAUCGCCACUCGUUAUGAUCUGGCCAGUAUCGUGGAAAAAUCUGAAGUUAAUUCUAUCGAUUACAAACCCAACGAAUGUGCAGAUUGUCCAGGGGUUUUCACUCUACAAACAUCUACUGGUACAAAACGAGCACGAAUCGUUGUCUUUGCAGCAGGUGCUGCUCUGGACCCAGCUUUGCCAUCGGAUUGUCCAUUCUCCCACUCAGGAAGCAUAACCCACGCCCUUGUUCCUUCAUAUCUCAGUUCGAACGAUACACUCCUUCCUCCACAUAUGGUCCAUAGAAUCUCGCGCAAGCAACGAACGAACCUUCUCGUCGUAGGCGGCGGUCUUACCAGUGCCCAAAUUGCAGAUGCAGCCCUCAAACGCGGCGUCACAAAAGUAUACCAAAUAAUGCGUGGACCUCUCAAAGUCAAAGAUUUUGAUUUAGAACUUGGAUGGGUUGCAAAAUUCAAGAAUCACUUCCUUGCUCGCUACUGGAGUGCGGAUUCUGACGAGGAGAGACUGGAAAUGUUUAAAGAAGCGAGAAAUGGCGGAAGUGUCAACUCGGAGUACCAUCAUAUUCUGAAGACCCAUAUCUCGAAAGGUCGGGUUUCGCUUCAUGAAUAUACAAAUAUCACUUCCGCUUCCUGGGAUUCCGUUUCAUACUCGUGGAAGGUGAAGACUUCUUCUGACUUAGAUCUACCUACAUUCGAUCAUGUCGUAUAUGCAACAGGUUUUGAUAUCAACUUUGAAAAAAUUGAAGCAGUACAGCCGUUGCUUGAAAGAUAUGGCAUUGAGACGGUUGGAGGAUUUCCAUGUUUGACACAUGAUUUGAGCUGGAGCGAUGAGGUACCAUUUUUUGUAACUGGAAGAUUAGCAAGUUUGAGGAUGGGUCCUGCUUCGCCAAAUCUUGAAGGUGCGAGAAUGGGUGCCGAAAGGAUUGCUUGGAAAGUAGGUGAGCUUCUAGGACGUGGAGAGCCGGACAGUAAGGGUGAAAGACGGGACAGUGGUUACAGCAGCGUUGAUGGCGGGGAUGAAGGUGUCGAUUUCAGAAGAUUGGGUCUGGGGGUGGAGAACCAAUUUGAUGUUCUAGAUAUGGGAGAUGAUAAUUCUGGGACGUCUAUCAUGUCUCAAUCUCUAGAGAAUGAGACUGGUAGUAAUGCGCUCACAAAUGAUGAGGAACGCCCCGAAUUACCAACUUUCACUCUUGCCAUUGUCUCUCCUUCAGUAGAGGUCGCGAGCCCAUUGACUUUCCCCCAAUUGUUGGCGAGCACUACGGUACAAGAAUUGAAAGCAAAGAUCAGAGAUGUUGUGCAAUCAAAGCCGACCGACUCAGCCCAACGACUGAUUCAUCGUGGUCGAAUGCUUGAGAGGGGAUCGCAGACAAUGUUAGAAGUCUUUGGUCAAGAGAGCUUAUCAACUCUGGAUACUCAAACCCUUCAUCUUGUUCUCCGACCUGCUCCUCUAGAAGCGACCCCAAUGGGAAUUACAGAUUUUCAAACACAAAACACCCCCUCAAAUAUACCGCCGCCCCGGACUUUGACCCCUCCACCUCAGUUUCUUGGGGUGCAACACCUACAACAACAGCACACUGAUUUUCACCAUGUCGCACAUACACAUCAUGCAAGGACGGACAGAUUACAGCAAUUACAAAGGGAGACACAGCGUCUGCAGCAAGAACUCGAGGUAGACACUCGGGCUUACCAAGCUCAGGUCGGACGCCUCAUGAAUCUAGGAAAUCAUGUGCCGACACCAUCCAUUGUCACUCGAAAUCCAUAUGUACCUCCAAACGUAGAUCCUACCCCAAUUCAACAAAUCAUCGCGCAGCAUCAACAAAGGCGAACCGCGGCACUGGCAGAAUAUCAUGGGGCUCGGGAUAUGGCUGGACCAGCAAACAUGCUCACGGCUCUACAAGACGAAAUGAACUCCGGUAGAUCAACACCCCAAUUUAGGACUCCAGACCAUAGCGCUACCUACACGCGGGAAGGUGUCGGCCCAAACGGAGAGAGAUGGCAAGUGACGGUGAACGAGACUACAACCACAGUCCCUGCGCUUCGAUCAAUCGAGCGACAUAACCAUGGACAGCACCCUCCAUCUUUAGGCGCAGCUGCAGGAAACCCUGCGUUAGAUUUACAGAGCAUUUUGCGCAAUGUGGACAGAUUAAGGGCUGUUCCCCAAACACCCACAGUGCCAAGAUCUUCAUCAACUCCUUCAUCAGCGCAAUCAGAAACUCAAACUCUUCCAUCUUCUACCCCUGCACCCGCGACCACAUCUGCUCCUAGCACACCUCUCUCCACUGUGCCCCUUAACCCAACCGCAAACGUGUCUGUACCAAACUUGACCACAGCCCCAACGACUUCUACCAGAAUUACAUCAUCCCCUUCUGUGGAGCCCAUGGUCUAUAUACUUACGUCUCCCUCAGGCCCGCGUGCCCUAUUGGUAAACAACUCCGAGACUUUCUAUACACCACGUGCUCCAAGAGUUCGUCAGAAUAUUGCCAUUGGUGGCCGAGAUCUACUUGGCCUACCCGAAUAUCGCAAUAGAAAUGCCCAAAGGGCUAGAAUGGCCCGUGGAAAUCGACCGCGGGCAAACGAAGCAGCCCCUGUCGAACUUGCACCUAUCGAACUUGCACCUAUCCAUAAUCGGGCUCAAAGACCAGCGGUGCCUAUCGCACUCCAAAUAUUCAAUGCACUUUGGUUGAUUGUUAGACUAGUGGGGUUCGUGUGGUUCUUCACUUCUGGAAACAAUAGUUGGCCAAGGCUUGUGAUGAUGAGUGGGCUUGCAGUAGUUGUCUUUCUCGUCAAUACUGGAGUUCUAACUGGAGUCUUUAACGGGAUUACUGAGCAAUUUUGGGGCCCGAUCAGAAGACAUCUAGAAAAUCUGAUCCCUCUGGCUGGACCAGACGCGGCGCUUGUACCUGCAGCAAAUGCUGCAAUAGUACCUCAAAACGGAGCGGCCGAAGCGAAUGCUCAACCUCGAUUACCGCACGGCCAACUUGACGAGACUCAGGUGGCCGCAAGGAUCCUCGAAUUACAACGACAAAGACAAGCGCAACCAGGUUGGCUAAUCACGCAAAUUCGGAGGGCAGAACAUGCUGCGCUUCUUUUUGUAGCGAGUCUUAUUCCCGGUGUUGGAGAGAGACACAUUGCUGCUCGGGAUAAUGCAGCGAGAGAAGCUGAGGCGGCGGUGGUCGAGGCUGAAAGACGUCGUGUUGAAGCAGAGACCGCGGAGAGUGGUGCUGCAGGACAUGGACAGGAUAUUGUCAGUGGAGCAACUGAUGGCGAACAGCAGCCCGAAACAGUUGUUGAAGGAAGAAGAGCGAGCGGCGAGAAUCCUAGACCGAAUGGUGAGGCAGAGCGCGAAAUACCUCCAGCUCAGCCUCUGGUUGUCUGA